AUGACGAUAAGUCCUGAGCUCGAAGCCUUUGCACGAGCGAUAUCACGCGUACUAGGCUGGGCGUACUUCCUGUCGUGGUCUCUGUCUUUCUACCCCCAACCUAUAUCGAACUAUAUCCGCAAAUCCACGCUCGGUCUCGCAAUAGAUUUCCCCACCCUCAAUGUCCUCGGUUUCACCUGCUAUACCAUCUCUACAGCCUGCUUCCUAUAUUCGCCUACUAUCAAGUCGCAAUAUGCGUACCGUCAUCCGGAAGCGCCUCAGACGACAGUACGAUUUAAUGACUUCCUGUUCGCAGCACAUGGCGCAGUCAUGUGUGUGAUUAUUUACAGUCAGUUCUUCGAGAAGAUAUGGGGCUUCGAGAUUGGCAAGAGGCAAAAGGUCAGCCGGGUCAUACUAGGAGUUUGGUGGGGAUGUGUGCUUGCUAUCGUGGUCGUGGUGAUGCUUGUAAAAACCAGAGGAGCAGAAGGAAACGAUGCGCAGGGGUGGGCAUGGCUCGAUGUUAUAUACACGCUCGGCUACGUCAAACUUCUCACCGUAUUUCUCAAAUACAUACCGCAAGCCUGGGUUAACUAUAAGCGCAAAUCUACGCUAGGAUGGAGUAUUUAUCCUAUGCUCUUAGACUUUGCUGGAGGUUGGCUUUCGCUUGCGCAGUUGUGCAUCGAUUCCGCGUUGGAAAACGAUUGGAGUGGUGUCACAGGCAACCCAGUUAAGUUCGGGCUGGGAAACAUUACUAUUGUGUUUGAUAUAAUCUUUAUGCUGCAGCAUUAUGUGCUGUACAAACGUCCUGCAAAGCAUUUGGAGGAUGAGGACGAAGAGGAGAGGCAAGGACUUGUGGCGGGUCAGAGGGACUAG